AUGGAGAACCUCCGUAGAUUCAAGGAAAAGAACCACCCGCUGCCGAAAGCUCCUAAGCAGCGUUGUGGGUUUGAGAUUCCACCUGAGUUCAGUCACGCUAUCAUCGGGCAAGAGGUUCGUCCUACACUUGUCUAUGACUCCGGUAAGGAUGACAAGGACCGAAUUCUCGUGUGGAGUGAUAAACUUUUGGUUUCUUCAUUAUUGUCUUGUAGUGCCGCUGUACAUAUUUCGGGUGAUGGUACUUUCAAAACUGCCCCUCUUCUAUGGGCCCAACAAUAUACUAUUCUGUUUCGUCAUGUAUCUGGACGUAUGGUCCCAAUCAUAUUCGCUUUGCUACCGAUCAAACUAAAAGGGACCUACAUAAAGUUCUUCACGGUUGUUCGUAGUACUCUCGGUGAAAAUAUCACCAGUUGUAUUUUCGACUUUGAGCAGAGCGCUGUUCUUGCCUUUCGGACUGUAUUUCCACGUGCUGAAAUUUGCCUCUGGCUCUUCCAUUUGGCCAGAAAUGUACUCGAUAAGUUUAAAGAGCUUGGAGUGAUACGUCGCGCGGCCCCCGACGUGAUGUCGACUAGGCGCAAGGCGUAUUACAAUCUGAUGGCCGUCGCCUUUCUGCCUGUGGAAAUCUUUCUCGAAGCGUGUUUCGCUUCUUGUGAUAUUCUCCCACAGGCUGAUAGCAACGCUGUUCUGUCGUAUUUUAUCGAGACUUAUGGUCUUAGCGGGAUUUUUCAGCCUUCGUGGUGGAACAAGUGGGAGAGAGUCAGGCUAGGUUUGCCUCGCACAAAUAACUCUCAAGAAGGAUUCCACCGUAAGUGGAAUGGCCUCUUUGCAGAGGAGGGUCAUCUAGUGAUAUGGAAGUGGAUAAAUGUCGUGCACCGGGUUAUCAACCAAGUUCGAGUAGAUGUUCUUCAGCUGGAUAAUGGGGCUCCGUUCAAGCGGCGUAAGGUUAAUCGAGAGAUGGAUGUUGCCUUGCAGCGACUAGUUCUGCAGCCGGUCAUCCCAGGUGCCCUGGACACUUGGUUUCAGAAUGCCAGAGGUGCUCUUCGGCGAGUCAUACCUUCGAUACCUGCUAGCAGUACUGCUCAGCCAGAUCAAUCAAGUGGGGACGGGCCUGUUUUCAUUGGGGACGCACUGGAUGAUGAGCACCCUGAUGCUGGGUACGAGGCAAUCAUACCACCUUUCGACGAGGAUAUCAUCACCCUGGACUUGACCGCCGACGACGUUCACACUGUACAGGGAACUCAACACCCUCUGGCAAAUGCGGUGAUUCCCACGGGCUCCGGAAUUGGGCAUGAAAUUGGGGAUGCCCCUGGUGGAACCCAGCCUUCUGAUGUCACUCGGCAAGCUCAUUCACAAACCCAGCAACAGCCGUCAUUAUCGACUGAGCCGCAGGCUUCGGCACCCGCUGAACCGAGUUCGCAAAAACGUGACCUGAGCAAUCUCGAUCUCGUCUCGCUGGUGGCCGACUAUCACUGUUCUCGCUCGAGGCUUCUCGUUCAAAAUCAAGCGGACCUUGAUCUCGUUCUCGAUUCUCGACUGGGCGCAAGCGGAAACACUCGCCAGUAA